CUUCGACCACGCCGAGCCACGAAAGACGGUUACCUCUGACUUCGAUCUCUGGGGCACGAGAGCGGUGGCCGCGGCGAGGGAGACGAAGACGACAGGGAGGAGAAGAGGAGGCGGCAGCGAUGCAUUCUUUCGGCUACCGCGCGAACGCCCUCGUGACGUUCGCUGUCACGAUCUUGGCGGUGAUGUGCUCUCUCGCCUCCCUCUCCGACAACUUCAACGUCCCCACCCCCACCGCCGACGUCAAGGUCUUGAACAUAAACUGGUUUCAAAAGCAACCAAACGGAAAUGACGAGGUCAGCUUGACGUUGAACAUCUCAGCCGAUCUUUCAUCUAUGUUCACCUGGAACACUAAACAGGUAUUUGUUUUUGUAGCAGCCGAGUAUGAGACCGCACAAAAUGCCUUGAAUCAGGUUUCACUUUGGGAUGGAAUAAUACCAUCAAAAGAGCAUGCUAAGUUUUGGAUUCACACCACAAACAAGUACCGUUUUAUUGACCAGGGAAGCAAUCUCAGAGGCAAGGACUUCAACUUGACGCUGCACUGGCAUGUCAUGCCCAAGACUGGAAAGAUGUUUGCUGAUAAAAUAGUUAUGACCGGAUAUCGCCUCCCCGAGGAGUACAGAUAGAAGCAUGUGUAACUUCCUCCCCAUUUUUUCCCCAAUUUCAAGGGAAAGGCAGAGUGAUAUGUGACUAUGAUCGAAAUGACUAGUUAUUGAAGUUUCAGGGAGGAUAGAGAUUGGAAUUUAAUGAACUUUUCGUACUCUA